AUGGAAAUCAUGGCCUUCGGCGUGCUUUUGCUUCUUCUCGGGAUUCUUGGGACGCAUGGAAAGAAGAGGCUAUGCCCAGCCGGCUGCAAGUGCUCGGCAGGGCCAGGAGGUGGAGACUGCAGCCAAACCGCGGAGUGCCCGCGCCUGCGGCGCUGGCCCGAUGCCUCAGAGUAUCCACCAGGGCUGGAUUGCCUCUUCGUGAACAGCCCCAAGCUGCGCAGAUUGCAGCCCCCGCAGCACCAGGCCGGCUUAGCUGCAAUUCCAGACUCCAUCCGAAGACUGGACUUGUCCGGAAGCCGUCUUCGGAUGCUGCCCCCCAAGGCCUUUUCGCACCUUAGCUCUCUCCGAGUGCUGAACCUAGAGUUCAACGAACUGGAGGAGUUGCCU